AUGGAGUCUGAAGACCACGUUCUUGCUAUGACGAUUAUCAGUACGUCAUUAUUACUAAUACAUCAACUCAUAAAAACACGCCGAAGACACCGACGUUGGUGGCGGACAGAAUUGUAUAAACGGAGAGAAGGUAGAGAACUGCUUACUGAUAUGAAUUUUCAGCACAUAAGUGGACAAUACAAAAACUUUACAAAGAUGACGCCAACAGACUUUGAAAAUUUACUCGAGAUGAUCGGACCAAGAAUUAGUCGAAACCAUACAAAUUUAAGAGCUCCAAUUUCAAUCCAAGAUAGGCUAGCAAUAACACUUCGAGUUUUAGGUUCCGGGGACUCUUACACAAGUCUGCAGUAUACGUUUAGAGUAUCGAAACAAUCCACAAGUGCUAUUGUACCUGAAGUGUGCGCCGCAAUAAUGGAGGAAUUAAAAGAAUACAUUAAGGUACCAAUGACAGCCGAAGCCUGGUUGAAGAUAAGCAAGGAGUUUGAAGACCGGUGGAACUUCCCACACUGUUCAGGGGCACUUGAAGCACCUAUCAAAAGCGGAACCGAGUUCUAUAAUUAUAAACAAAAUUUUGGCAUCGUUUUGUUUGCUCUAGUUGAUGCAGAUUAUAAUUUUCUAUUCGUAGACGUGGGAUGCCAAGGGAGAAUUUCAGAUGGCGGAGUUUAA